GCCCAGGAGCAGAGGGCUCCCAAAAGAAGCCUCCAGCUCUGUAGGGUGCUGUUUGAAACCCAUGGCUAUAGGCUGUAGAGAGCACAUGGGAUGUCUGAGUGUGCAGUGGCACCGUGAGGCUGGACUCUAGAAUGAUCCCUCGUCCUGGUUCUGAGGGGCUCUGAAAAUCAGAAGCCAGCUCAGGUGGUGGAGAGGCUGUGUGGGGAGGGGAGGAGGGAGAUCCUCUCUGCUGCCCCGCACCCCCAGCUGCCUUCCACCCGCAGCCCUGGUGGGAAGGACAGGGGAACACUGUCCCCUGAGUGCACAGCUGAGGACACUGAAGCUCAGGGGGGCAGUGACAGACGAGGGAGAGGAGGAGCUGGGUUUGAGCUGGUAAGCGACGGGUCCCUCCCUGCAGACCCUGCCCGUGGGCAGCGUGGUGUUCUCCGUGCUGGCCGUGGAUAAAGACAUGGGAACUGCUGGCAUGGUCGAGUACUCCAUAGAGAAGGUCAUCCCUAGCACUGGGGACAGCGAGCAUCUCUUUUGGAUCCUGGCCAAUGGCUCCAUCAUCCUCAAUGGCAGCCUCAGCUACAACAACAAGAGCGCUUUCUACCAGCUGGAGCUGAAGGCCUGCGACUUGGGUGGCAUAUUCAACAACAGCUUCACCAUCCAGUGCUCCCUGCCUGUCUACCUGUCCAUCUCCGUGGUGGACCAGCCUGACCUUGACCCUCAGUUUGUCAGGGAGUUUUACUCGGCCUCUGUGGCUGAGGACGCAGCCAAGGAAACCUCGGUGCUGAAAGUGGAGGCUGUGGACAGCGACAAAGGCAUCAAUGACCCUGUGAUCUACAGCAUCUCCAACUCCACGCGGCCCGGCUGGUUUGACAUCGGGGCAGAUGGAGUGAUCAGGGUCAACGGCUCCCUGGACCGUGAGCAGCUGCUGGAGGAGGAUGAGGAGGUGCAGCUGCAGGUCACGGCCACCGAGACACACCUCAACAUCUACGGGCAGGAGGCCAAGGUGAGCAUCUGGGUGACAGUGAGAGUGACGGACGUCAAUGACCACAAACCUGAGUUUUACAACUGCAGUCUCCCAGCCUGCACCUUCACCCCCGAAGAGGCCCAAGUGAACUUCACUGGCUACGUGGACGAGCAUGCCUCCCCCCACAUCCCCAUCGAGGACCUCACCAUGGUGGUCUACGACCCGGACAAGGGCAGCAAUGGGACCUUCCUGUUGUCGCUGGGGGGCCCCGACGCAGAAGCCUUCAGUGUCUCCCCGGAGCGGGCAGCAGGCUCAGCCUCUGUUCAGGUGCUGGUGAGAGUGUCCGCGCUGGUGGACUACGAGAGGCAGACGGUGAUGGUGGUGCAGGUCAUGGCCACAGACUCAGUCAGCCAGAACUUCUCCAUCGCCAUGGUGACCCUCCACCUUAGAGACAUUAAUGACCACAGGCCCACAUUUUCCCAGAGCUUGUACGUCCUCAGGGUGCCGGAGCACAGCGCCACCGGCUCUGUGGUCACCAACAGCAUCCACGCCACGGACCCAGACACGGGCGCAUGGGGCCAAAUUACCUACAGCCUGCUCCCAGGAAAUGGGGUAGACCUCUUCCAAGUGGAUCCCGUCUCAGGGACGGUGACGGUGAGGAACGGUGAGCUGCUGGACCGGGAGAUCCAGGCCGUGUACUACCUGACACUACAGGCCACAGAUGGCGGGAACCUGUCCUCCUCCACCAUGCUGCAGAUCCACCUGCUGGACAUCAAUGACAACGCGCCCGUGGUCAGCGGCUCCUACAACAUCUUCAUCCAGGAGGAGGAGGGCAAUGUCUCUGUGACCAUCCAGGCCCACGAUGAUGAUGAGCCGGGCACCAACAACAGCCGUCUGCUCUUCAGCCUGCUACCUGGCCCCUACAACCACAACUUCUCCUUGGACCCUGACACAGGGCUCCUCAGAAACCUGGGGCCCCUGGACAGAGAGGCCAUCGACCCCGCCCUGGGGGGCCGCAUUGUGCUGACAGUGCUUGUGUCUGACUGCGGAGAGCCUGUCCUCAGCACCAAAGUCAAUGUCACCAUCACUGUGGAGGACAUCAAUGAUAACCUGCCCAUCUUCAACCAGUCCAGCUAUAACUUUACGGUGAAGGAGGAGGAUCCAGGAGUGCUAGUAGGCGUGGUGAAGGCCUGGGAUGCAGACCAGACGGAAGUCAACAACCGCAUCAGCUUCAGCCUGUCAGGGAGUGGUGCCAACUACUUCAUGAUCCGAGGCUUGGUGCUGGGGGCUGGGUGGGCUGAGGGCUACCUCUGGCUGCCCCCGGACGUGAGCCUGGACUACGAGACACAGCCCGUCUUCGACUUGACAGUGAGUGCCGAGAACCCAGAUCCCCAGGGAGGUGAGACCAUAGUAGACGUCCACGUGAACGUGAAAGAUGUGAACGACAAUCCCCCCACCCUGGAUGUAGCCUCACUCGGGGGCAUCCGUGUGGCUGAGAAUGGCUCGCAGCACGGCCAGGUGGUUGUGGUGGUUGCCUCGGAUGUGGACACCAGCGCCCAGCUGGAGAUACAACUUGUGAACAUUCUCUGCACCAAGGCCGGGGUCGACGUGGGCAGCCUGUGCUGGGGCUGGUUCUCAGUGGUGGCCAACGGCUCUGUGUACAUCAACCAGAGCAAAGCCAUUGACUACGAGGCCUGUGACCUGGUCACGCUGGUUGUGCGGGCCUGUGACCUAGCCACGGACCCUGGCUUCCAGGCCUACAGCAACAAUGGAAGCCUCCUCAUUACCAUUGAGGACAUGAAUGACAAUGCACCCUAUUUUCUGCCUGAGGAUAAGACUUUUGUGAUCAUCCCUGAACUUGUGCUGCCCAACCGGGAGGUGGCUUCUGUCCGGGCCAGAGACGAUGAUUCAGGGAACAAUGGCCUCAUCCAGUUCUCCAUCCUCCGAGUAGACUUCAUCUCUAAGGACGGGGCCACCAUCCCUUUCCAGGGCAUCUUCUGGAUCUCCACCUCCUCCGAGGCCGACGUGUUCACUGGGAGCAUUCAGCCAGUGACCAGCCUUGAUUCCACUCUCCAAGGCACCUACCAAGUGACAGUCCAGGCCAGGGACACACCUUCCGUGGGUCUUUCCCUGGAAGCCAACACCACCCUGAAUCUCUUCACCGUGGACCAGAGUUACCGCUCGCGGCUGCAGUUCUCCACACCAAAGGCGGAGGUGGGCGCCAACACACAGGCGAUUAAUGCGGCUCUUACCCAGGCAACCAGGACUACAGUAUACAUUGUGGACAUUCAGGACAUAGAUUCUGCAGCUCGGGCCCGAGCUCACUCCUACCUCGAUGCCUACUUUGUCUUCCCCAAUGGGUCGGCCUUGACCCUUGAUGAGCUGAGCGUGAUGAUCCGGAAUGAUCAGGACUCGCUGAUGCAGCUGCUGCAGCUGGGGCUGGUGGUGCUGGGCUCCCAGGAGAGCCAGGAGUCAGACCUGUCAAAUCAGCUCAUCAGCGUCAUCAUAGGAUUGGGAGUGGCUUUGCUGCUGGUCCUUGCGAUCAUGACCACGGCCUUCAUGUGUGUGCGGAAGAGCUACAACCGGAAGCUUCGAGCUAUGAAGGCUGCCAAGGAGGCCAGGAAGACAGCAGCAGGGGGGAUGCCCUCAGCCCCCGCCAUCCCAGGGACUAACAUGUACAACAAUGAGCGAGCCAACCCCAUGCUGAACCUCUCCAACAAAGACCUGGGCUUGGAGUACCUCUCUUCCCCCAAUGACUUGGACUAUGUCAGCAUGAACUCCCUGGACGACAACUCUGUGGAUGUGGACAAGAACAGUCAGGAAAUCAAGGAGUACAGGCCACCGCACACACCACCAGAGCCAGAUCCAGAGCCCCUGAGAGUGGUCCUGUCAAGACGGCAGGCAGGUGCAAGUGGACAGCUGGAGGGGCCGUCCUACACCAACGCUGGCCUGGACACCACGGACCUGUGACAGAGGCCCCCACUUUUCUGGCCCCCCUCGAAGAGGCCUCACCACACCCUAACUGCACCUGUCUCACUGGAGAUGAAAAUAAAUGACACUGCCUUGC